CGACCUUCAAUUCUCGGUUGCAAAAAAUGUCAAAGGUACUGACCUUCCUUUCUUUUGGCAGGUCCGAAACAUGUCUCAAUUUUCCUUCCAAGCCUGUCGAAGCGAGUAGGCCUUUCCAGCGAUCCGACCCUUCUACUGCGAAUUUUCCAUCACCGGCGCCAUUGGUGGUUUCGCUGUUGUAUUCGCCGCCCAACCGUUGUUCUGCGUCUUCGUCUGCAUCGACAUCCGCCGAAGAGACAAUUCCAUCCUCUGACGAAAACGACUGAUGAAGAGAUGGGAAUGGAAUGCGUCGUGCUGUACCCAUUGGACCCGACACGCGUGAUAUCGUACGACUGGCGAAAGAAGGUGUCGUGUCAACAAAUGCCGACACAAAUUCGAAGCUUCCCAGAAACAAGCCGACCGAAAUAAAUUGGAUAGAUAAUG